CCCUUUUGUAAUGCAUAGACCCCGCACCCUCGACCCCGUAAGACUCACUGCACCAUAAGACGCACCACUGGCUUUUCAUGAACGGUAGUUUAUGAAAAGAGUGCAUUACACCAGGAACUCAUGUGAGCGAACUGAAAAAAUAGGUCUUUCUUGCUCAGGGAGUCAUUUUAUUCGUCGGAACAUUUAGAAGAGAUUCACGACAAAGUAGAGUGGACUGAUCUAAAUACGAUGGAAGGAGCAACCGGUCCAGUUUAUAGAAUAUACCGUAUCGUUCUUCCCAAUCUAUCUGCUGAGAAGGCUCAUAUCGGGUUGUUAUACAAUUUGUGUAAGAGUUAUUGUGAGGAGACAGGUGGAGGGGAAGGUGUAGAGGUGAUAGAGAAUAGUAUUGCUGAUAGUUCCAGAUUCCCUGAAAGGGUCAAGCCAGGACAACAACUAUAUUAUUACCACAAAAUCCUCCACCUAGCAUCAAAAGUGCCGGCGUUAAUAAGACUUCUCGCACCGAAAGGAUCAUUGGAGAUACACCAAAAGACUUGGGACACAUUUCCUGUACUAAGAUCCGAAUGUAGUAAUCCUGACUAUAUGAAGAAUGGCUUCACAUUUAUUCGUCACACAAUAUUCCAGGACAAUGACAAAGCCAGUAUGGCGGACAGCGUGUUCGAUAACAUCAGUGCCAUCGGUGAGGAUAAAAUUAAGCAAGCAAGAAUAGUUGAUAUAGACAUUGUCAAUGAUCCUGUUCCACCAACGGACUAUAGUGAAGAAAGUGACCCAACUAAGGUUCGGCUAGAAAAAAUUAACUGUGGACCUCUGACAACUGACUGGAAGGAGAAGGAAACCAAGUUUAUGACUGUGUACUUAUUUGAGGAGAUUGAGUUCAAAUGGUGGGGGUUGCAAACUAAGGUUCAGAGUGUUAUGAUUAAGGCUAAUCAUCGCAUUUAUCUAAACUUCUAUCGUAAAAUGUUUUGCAAUCUGGAUGAGUGGUAUGACAUGACUAUCGAGCAGAUCAGGGAACUUGAAGACAAAACAAAAGAAGAGCUGAAAAAGAUGCUUAAGUCUGGUGAAGUUCGUGGUAUGGUAGAAAAAUAAAUCCAUGAUCGUUGUGAUUCCGAUCCCCAUCACUGACUAUAGUUGCUUCAAGAUGGAGCUGUUUCAAAAAUCCUUCCAUACAUCAUGUUUCCUCCAAUCUGAUUUUAUUUAUUUUGCUACUGCUAUAUCUAGUAAAAAGAAAAUGACACCUCACAAAUCCCCGAUUUACGGAAAAAAUACGUGAUUAAUACAUGUUUAUAUAUGGCCUGAAAGAGUAGCCUCGUUUUCUCAAAAAAUAUGAUAGCAUAUUUAUGUGCUAACGCAUGGAUGAUCAGUAGGUAUUCAUUGCAGUGAUGUAAAUUUUGAUUUGCGCCAAAGUAAAGCAUGACUGCAAUGAAUGAAUCCAGAUGUCAAUGGUGUCAUAAUCCUAUAGGGUUACAUUAAAAUCCAUUUCAAACCAUCUUUUCAAUAAUUAACAUUAUAAUUGUUUAAUAAACACUUUUUAGUAUCAAUUAUCAAGUUAAUGCCAUUAAAAAGGGAUUUGCAAAUAUGUUUACUAACUCAUGUAGGAUUAUGACAUCAUUGGCGUAUGGUUUCAUUCAUUGCAGUCAUGCUUUACUUUGGUGCAAAUCAAAAUUUUCAUCACUACACAGAAUACCUACUGAUUAUCCAAGCGUUAACACAUACCACAUAAAUAUGCUAUCAAAUUAUUUGGGAGAAGAUACUCUUUCCAGCCAUAUAUAAUGAUUAUGCGCAUGGGCGGAAAUCCCAGGGGGACAGGGGGGACGUGUCCCCCCUACCAUUUUGGAAAGGGGUGACAUAAUAUCAAAUGUCCCCCCUACUAUUUGUGGUCUUUUAUUAUGGAAAAAAUACAUAAUUCAAAAUCGAAAUUAUACACAUGGGCAUUUUCACGGUAACUGACAUUACAAGGCACAAUUUUACACACUUUUCAUUGUGUGUAUGAUUAUCUCUUAAACAACAAAUGAUGGGAGUUUUACUUUAAAGCAAACCAUAUUUCGAAAUAUAUAUAAACAGAUAGCUUUUGUUAAGAACUUGGACAGGAAAAAAAGGCAUACCGGCCCGACUAUUCUCGAACUCGCAUCUAGCCCUAUAUGCCAGCCAAAGAGUGAUGACAUUGAUGGCCAUUGUCAAUUUCAUAACUAAUAAAAAUGACGAAAAAAGAAAAUCACCUCUGGAUACUUAUAAGUAAAUUUAGUGCAUAGAUAGCAGACGAGAAGAAUAUACCUUUGUUAAUCCAAUUCAUUUUCCCUUUAUUCCACAUUUACUUGGAAUAUAAGAAUAUUUUCAU